AUGCCUGUGCUGACUUUUGUCUGUGAUACGUCUACUCGUGUGGUAGGGAAGUGGGGCGACCUGGAUGUGUGUCACGAGUUCAGCAUUGGCGAGAUUCUUCGGGCGACAGACCACUGGUCGAGCGAGAGUGUGCUGGGGAAGGGCGGCUUUGCCACGGUCUACAAGGGCGUGUCGGAGAAGGGCGAGCUGUGGGCCAUCAAGCGCAAUGAGCUCAUGUCCAACGACUUCGAAAAGGAGGUGCGGGCGAUGGCGUCACUGCGGCAUGAGCACGUGGUGCGCCUGUUGGGCUUCUGCCUGCAUCAGAACGUGGAGAACGGCCAGCAGGAGCAGAUCCUCGUCUACGAGUUCGUGCCCAACAGGGACCUCAAGUACCACAUCCACGACUCCAAGUCCCCCUUAUCACUGCAGCAGCGGCUGCAGCUGGCGGCCAAAAUAGCGGACUUUGGCUUACUGAAGCAACUGAGCCAUGCAGCAGAGCAUGACGAUCGGACACGAAUUGCCGGGACUCCGGGCUACGUGGAUCCGGAUUACAACCGUUCUAGUGUGGUGACCGAAAGGUCCGACGUCUUCAGCUUUGGCGUGGUGCUGCUUGAACUCUUGACUAAGCAGAGGACCCAUGUGAAAGGAGGGACCGACCAGCACAUUUGUGAAUGGGCGACGCGCAAGGUGCAGGCGUACGAGUUCAGCUCGCUGAAGGAAGCGGCACUGGAGGCCCCGGAGGAGGCGGUGGUGGAGUUUGCCGACAUCGCUCUCGACUGCGUCAAGGUGCCUGGCUCCCGCCGCCCCCCCAUGAAGGACGUCGCCCGCCGCCUGCAGGCGCUCCUCUCCAGGCACUGCAGUGAGGGAGAGGGCGGCUCCCUUGAACCAAGCAUGCCCGAGAAGAAGGGCGUGAGGGAGAGCAUGGCGGAGAGCCUGGAGAGGCUCACAAGUGGUGGUGACAGGGAUACUUUCGGGAGGAGUGAGAUUUCCGAGGAUUUGUGA